UGCCGCCUCCAUGUGCGCCACAGCCAUGGCGGCCUCCGUGCGCGCCGGGAGCGCGGCCCCGGUGCCCGCCAAAGCCCGAGCCCGGCGGGUGGCCCAGCAGAUCCCCGAGGAGAUCCUGGGCAACGCGGAGCUGCGGGAGGCCGCGGCGGCCCUGCCCCCCAACUACAACUUCGAGAUCCCCAAGACGAUCUGGCGCAUCCGGCAGGCUGGGGCCAGGAAGGUGGCCCUGCAGAUGCCAGAAGGGCUCCUCAUGUUCGCCUGCACCAUCGCUGACAUCAUUGAGAGAUUCACGGAUGCAGAGGCUGUGGUGAUGGGUGACGUGACCUACGGCGCCUGCUGCGUGGAUGACUACACGGCCCGGGCCCUGGGCGCCGACUUCCUGGUGCACUAUGGACACAGUUGCCUGAUUCCCAUCGACUCCACCCAGGGGCUGAAGAUGCUCUAUGUGUUCGUGGACAUAAAGAUCGAUGCAUCCCAUUUUCUUGAGACCAUUCGCUUCAACUUUGCAGCAGGCAGCUCCCUGGCCCUGGUUAGCACCAUCCAGUUUGUCUCCACUUUGCAGGCAGUGGCACAAGAGCUGCGCUCUCAGUACAAGGUGUGUGUGCCCCAGUGUAAGCCUCUGUCUCCAGGAGAGAUCCUGGGCUGUACGUCACCCCGGCUCGCUCAGGACACGGAUGCCAUUGUGUAUUUGGGCGACGGGCGCUUCCACCUGGAGUCCAUCAUGAUUGCCAACCCAGGGAUACCUGCGUACAGGUACGAUCCCUACAGCAAAGUGUUCUCUCAGGAGCACUACAGCCACGAGCGCAUGCACCGCGCCCGGCAGGACGCCAUCCGCACCGCCAGCUCUGCCCGCUGCUGGGGACUCAUCCUGGGCACGCUGGGACAUCAGGGCUCCCCCAGCAUCCUACAGCACUUGGAGUCACGUCUCCGUGCCCUGGGCCGGCCCUACGUGCGGGUGCUGCUGUCUGAGAUCUUCCCCAGCAAGUUAAAGCUCUUCCCAGAGGUGGAUGUGUGGGUGCAGGUAGCCUGUCCCCGGCUCUCCAUUGACUGGGGAGAGGCCUUCAGCAAGCCACUGCUGACACCCUAUGAGGCUGCAGUGGCUCUCCAGGACAUCGAGUGGCAGCAGCCUUAUCCCAUGGACUUCUAUGCCAGCCAGUCCCUGGGGCCAUGGACGGUGAACCACGGUGGCACACAGCCCCCGCGCCGCGGGCGGCCGGCACAGGGGAAGCCACCCGCGACCCCCGCCCCGCCCGAGGGUGGGGAGCAGCCAAGCAACGGGGACCUCGCAGGUUCGUGAGUGUCACCCGCCGCUGCCCUGGGACCGGCAAGGGCAGAGGCGGGGGCGCCGCCGAUGUGAGCGCCACCGGGACCCCCGGAGCGCAAUGGAUGGGGUAUCACCCCGUAACUCGACAACACCACUGCCCGCAAGGACCGAUCCCGGCUGUCGGCGGCGAGUUGCCCUUUGCAAGGCCGGGCCGUGCUGCGGCCCUGCCCGCGGUGGCACCGGGGGUCGCGUCCCGCCGGGGCCGCCCGGCCCUCACCCCCCGCGACCUCCCGCCGGUAAGGGGGCGCGCGUCACUCCGCGAAGGCGCUCCGCUCGCUCUCCUCUCUCCAGCCAAUCAGCGCGCCGCGUUUCGGCGGGAAGGCGGAAGUGGCGCCGCCGGGGCGCGGCCAUGGCGGAGGCGCGGCCGCUGCGGCUGCUGGCGCUGCACGGGUACCGGCAGAGCGCCCGCCGCUUCCGCCAGCGCACCGGCGCGCUCCGCAAGGCCCUGCGCGGCCGCGCCGAGCUGGUGGCCAUCGACGCGCCGCACCGCUUGCCCGCCGGCGCUGAGGACGACCCCGACGGGGAUGACCCCCCCCGCGGCUGGUGGUUCUCCGGGCCCGGCACGUUCGAGGCGGGCGAAGCGGCCGCGGCUCCGGCGGGGCUGGAGGAGUCCCUGUCGGCCGUGGCUGCGGCGCUGGCGGAGCACGGGCCCUUCGACGGGCUGCUGGGCUUCAGCCAGGGCGCGGCGCUGGGCGCCAUGGUGUGCGCGCUGCGGGCCCGCGGCGACCCGCGCUUCCCGGUGGCCUUCGCCGUGCUGGUGGCCGCGUUCGCCAGCCGCGCCCCGGCGCACGGACACUUCUACCGGGAGCCCAUCGCCCUGCCCACGCUGCACGUCGUGGGCGACACGGACGGCGUGAUCGCAGCGGCCCUGAGCAGGGAGCUGGCGCAGUGCUUCGUGGAGCCCGUUGUGCUCACGCACCCCGGCGGGCACUUCAUCCCCGCGGCUGCGGCGCAGAAGAAAGCCUACCUGGAAUUCCUGGAACGCUUCUGCCCCGGGCAGGGCCAGGCCGAGCGCCUAGAGGCUGGGGAGGUUUGAGAACGGGCUCUGUAAUAAAAAAGGGCUCUGGUGAGACACGUG